GCAGCGCUGCCCGGACACCUCCUGCGGGGGCUCCUGCCGCUUCUCACCGUCUUCCACCUCGAGCGGGCUGAGGGCGCGGCGCGGAGAGCAGGCCUCUCGACGCAGCCCAUCUGGCGCAAGCUGUGGGACGAUGUGAUGAAAACCCGGCCACCCAACUUGGAGAGCGUAACCUGCUGGAGGAAGAAGUUCCUUGAAACGUUCUUCUCCAACGUUCUUCACGGUGUCUUGGAUGUCUCCUCUGACUGGCGUCUCAACGACCGUGACUUCUCGCCGCUGCUGCACAGCUCCCCGCACGUUUCCCAGCUCACCCUCUGCAACAUGCUGCAGGGCGCGGUGGAGCUCACUGCCGAGCACAACCGGCGAGUCCUCGAAAACCUGGCUGGCUCCCUGCGCACCCUGAAGUUCCAGCACCUCCUCUCCUCCGACCGGUCCAUCAGGCGUUCGCUGGUUUUACUUCUUCACCGGUUGAUCCACCACGGCUCCGUGAGCCAGGUGUCCAUGUAUUCCUGGCCCGUUCCUGACACGGUUCUUCUCGUUCUCAUUUUGAGCAUGAGUGCGGGGUUUUGGCGCUCGGGAAAUGCCCUCGUGUAUCACAGCAGCCCAUGCGGCCUUUGUAGAGAGGAAGACGAAGCCCAAAGCCUGGAGUCGGCACAAGAGCAAGCAGAAAGGGGCCGCUGCAAUGAGCACGAGCAGAGUAGUGAGAACCAGAAGGGAUCUCCCAGGGCCCCGGAGGAGGCUGGUGCGGAGAAGAACGGAUACAGGGCUGACGCUCGCCUGAGCUGUGUCCACUCUGAACCAAGAAGGCCUCCGCGAAACCAAGCGUGCAAGGAGGCAAGCAGUGACGUGCCCUGUGACCACACCAGCACUCGGGGAGGGUCUCGUCAUGUCCCAGACCAGCUGUCCUGUCAGCCUGUUCUUCGAAAGACGCGCCGGCGGCUGAAAUCCGCAGUGGGGAAGAAGCGCCGCUGCCUCGGACGAAGCGGGGCACCGUGUGCUGACCCAGAAGACCUGUAUGAUUUUGUUUUUACUGUUGCUAGAGAGGAUAACUCAGGGUUACUCAACAAAAACAGUGUCACGGAAGGAGAAAAUGUUGAGAACUGGACCAGUUCCUCCCCAGGAUCUCCGUGCACUGGCCAUGCCGGCUGCAAGAGAAGAGGAGGUUCUGCUGGGAUCUUCUCUCUGAAAGCUGCUCGCCGCUUCCGAAGCGUGUCUACGCUGGAGCUGUUCUCCAUUCCUUUGACGGGGGAGAUGUGUCGGACUCUGAGUAACCUGCUGAGCUCCUGGGUGUCCUUGGAAAGCUUGGUUCUGUCAUACAACGGCUUGGGCGCCAACAUCUCCUGCAUCCUGUCUGGGCUCCAGGCCCUCUCCUGCCGCUCGGACUGCCGCCUCCGCGUGGUGCGCCUGAGCGACGUCUUCUCCCACGUGCUCUGCCUGGAGCUCGUUCGCCGCAUCCUGAGCGCCUUUCCCCAGCUCCACACGCUCUCGGUCAGCUUCGACCUCAAAAACCAGCUGGAGGGGAACAGGCCAGAGGGGAAUCCAAGCUGCAGUGAGGCAGAAAUCCCAGAGAGCUGCCUGGAGCAGCUGGAGAUCCGAUUCCCCAGGGAGCCUCUGCACACCGUGUUCCUGCUGCCAGUGCUCAAGGCGUCAAAGUCCCUCCAGCAGUUGUCCCUUGACAGCGCCACGCUGCCCAAUUCUCAGGAGCUUGGGCUCCUUUUGGAGGCACUCAGAGAGUGUAAUCCAAAUUUGAAGAAACUGAGCUUUCAUGAUGUGAACCUGGCUGAGCACCAGAAAGAAGUUCUGCUUUUGCUUCAGGAUCCUGUCCUGCAAGAAAUCACGUUUUCCUUCUGCCGGCUUUUUGAAAGCUCUACUGCUGCGUUUUUGUCAGAAAUAAUCAAUACAGUGAAACGAAAUUCAUCUUUGAAGAGCCUCAAACUGCCUGGGAAUCGACUUGGGAAUCACAGGCUGGUUGCCCUCGCAGAUGUUUUCUCUGAAGAUUCUUCCUCUUCUCUUUGCCAGCUGGAUGUCAGUUCAAACUGCAUCAAACCCGAUGGGCUCCUGGAAUUCACAAAGAAGCUGGAAGGCCACAUCCAGCGGAGAGGGGGACAGAUUCCAUUCACACACCUCCGUCUCUUCCAAAAUUGGCUAGACCAGGAUGCUGAAACAGCUCAAGAAGCACUUCGGCGUCUCAAAGCUGUGUGCAGUGUGGUCAAUGACUCAUGGGACUCCUCCCAGGCUUUUGCUGACUACAUCAGUGUCAUGUGA